GGAGGCAACAGGGACGCGGUAACCUGCAGGAGGACUCACAUGGUCCUGCAGCAGCGGAGCACAGACCGCCAGGACUCUCAGAACCUCGCACACUCAGCUCCGCGUCGUCCCUCUAUCUGAAAUAUUCCUGUCGUUUUUAUUUUGUUUUUUUUUUUUUCUUAUUCACAUCCCUCUUCCCAGUGUCGGUCGGUAUCGGGCCGGUAAAGCAGCGCCAUGGCUCGGGAGAACGGAGAAGCCGGCAGAGGAGAGGCGUGGAAAAAACAAGUCGACGAUAUUAAGAAGAUUUUUGAUUUCAAAGAAGUCCUCGGCACAGGGGCAUUUUCUGAGGUGGUCCUGGCCCAGGAGCGGCUGACCGGCCGGAUGUUCGCUGUGAAGUGCAUCCCUAAAAAGGCUCUGAAGGGGAAGGAGAGCAGCAUCGAGAACGAGAUUGCCGUGCUGAGGAGGAUCAAGCAUGAGAACAUUGUGGCGCUGGAGGACAUCUACGAGAGUCCAGACCACCUCUACCUGAUUAUGCAGCUGGUAUCCGGUGGCGAGCUGUUCGACCGAAUUGUGGAAAAAGGUUUCUACACGGAGAAGGAUGCGAGCACGUUGAUCCGACAAGUCUUGGACGCUGUGAACUACCUGCACAAGAUGGGCAUUGUACACAGAGACCUGAAGCCAGAGAAUUUGCUGUAUUUUAAUCCCCAAGACGAGUCAAAGAUCAUGAUCAGCGACUUUGGUCUUUCCAAGAUGGAGGGCAGCGGUGAUGUCAUGUCCACUGCCUGCGGCACCCCGGGAUAUGUUGCCCCAGAGGUUCUUGCCCAGAAGCCAUACAGUAAGGCAGUGGACUGCUGGUCCAUUGGAGUGAUCGCCUACAUCCUGCUGUGUGGUUACCCUCCGUUCUACGAUGAAAACGACUCCAAGCUGUUUGAACAGAUCCUGAAAGCCGACUACGAGUUUGACGCGCCGUACUGGGACGACAUAUCGGACUCAGCCAAAGAUUUCAUCAGCAGUCUGAUGGAAAAAGAUCCAGCCAAACGUUUCACCUGCGACCAGGCACUCAGACACCCCUGGAUCGCUGGGGAUACGGCACUCUGCAAGAACAUCCAUGAGUCAGUCAGCCGGCAGAUCAGAAAGAACUUCGCCAAGAGCAAAUGGAGGCAAGCAUUCAAUGCCACCGCCGUGGUUCGACACAUGAGGCGGCUUCAGCUUGGCAGCAGCAUGGGGAGCAGCAUAGACGCUUCCAACCCACUGACCAGGCCGAGCCAGAUGCAGAAGCCUGCCCAGAGCCAGGCUGGCCAGAACCAGCCAGCUCAGAGCCAAAACGCUGGCCAGGCGGCACAGAGCCAGAGCACCAACACGGCUGCCAGCAAAAGCUCUUCCAUAGACAACAACAUAGCAGCUCCUCGCAAGGAAUGUGUAACUGGACCGGUCACACCCUGCAGUCUGGCAUCUGCAGCUUCUUCUCCCGGCGCAGGGGCAGAGCUGAACAGGCCACAUCCCUCAGCAGUUCCCGCCCCAGUGCUUACAGAGACCAAGUGACGCCAGGUCCCGCGGGGAACCAGCUGGGAGGCCACAGCGCUGUGAGGCAGAGAGACAGAGGACGACAGGCGAGAAAGAGGACCCCCCCCUCUUCUUCUUUCCUCCCUCUCCUCACUGCAUUUCCACUUGGAUGUUCCCCCCAGCCAGUUCCCCGCCCUGCUCUCGGGAGAGCAGAGGACUUUACCGCCACCCCACCGAUUCAAGCCACGCAGCGCCAUACUGUACGACCACCACCCACCCACCAGGACGCCGCAUAGUAUUCCUCCUGCAACAGCAACAGCACGGCCACUGACUCAUUGAGGAUGUUUGUAUGGUCGGCUGUAGUUGGUUGCCAUUUAAUGAUAAAGGAGUGUCAACUGCUGUGAGCUUGAUCAGUAAUUGGUGGUUCAUGGUGGGGCCGAUGGUAUCGUAUUAUUCAAUGUCAGUCAACAUCAACUUCCCUCUUGAAUCUGGUCUUUCCUGCGUCACUUUAUUUAGCUUUUUCCAAAUUAGGUUUGACUGUUGGCAACUGGAUUGUUUGAUUCUUUUAUUAUUGCUGUUAAUUUUAAAGCUGGUAUGUGUAACUUUUAAAAGAAGGCAUGUCAUUGUCAAAUUGAUAGUGCUACUUUGGUAUAAUUACUGUAAUAAAAUAAGACCAUGGUUAAGACAAUUGGUCGCCUCUACCUCACGCUAAUUUAUAGCUAUUUAUUGUGCAUUGUAAAGCAUUUCUCUACAUUAAGACCCCAUUUCCCACAACAGCUUGUUUCUUCUUUUUUCCAUCAUCACCAAAAUCUGAUUGGCUUUGACUUGGUUUGCUCUGGAAGAACAGCACUCUCUUCCUGUUACGUGCCAUAAAGAAGUCCGACAGAUUUACAUCCAAAUUCAGAGUAGAGGCUGAUAGGCCAUCUUACUGAGGACCUGAUGUGUUUACACUAAUUUUACUAAUGUAGCAAACUAAUGUGACAAUGAUUUAUUCAUGUUAAACGCUACAUAUAGCACCUUUAAGACAUUUUAUAUGUCCAUAUGGGUUCUUUUGUGUUUGUUUGUGCUUUAUGAAGUGCUUUAAAAGUACCACAUGACUGUUGAGAUGUGGAAACAUGAGUAAGCGCUUUAUGUAUUUUGCACAGAGAGGGUCAGAUAUGUUCUCAGACACAGAUUAGCCACCAUCCACUUAUGUUUAUCAGAGAGUAGAGAUUGUAAACCUUUAUAUAAAAAAAACAAAGAGUGGAUGUCAGAGCAUUGUACAACUUGGUUAUUGCCUGAAAGAUUCUGAUUUGUUUGUUAUUUUCUUACUUUAUGAGACUUUUAUAACAAUCAACCUUUAAGGGACACACCUACAGGUUACUAUGAAACAUGCAGCAGGUUCAGGAUAGCGUAGAGGCAUAUAGUGGAAAACUGCCUCCAGUUGAGAAUAGAUGAUAGCUUGAUAUUUGAUAGCUUUGAUUUCCCAAACUAAGGGGCCGCAAACAGCGCAGUACAGUUUCAAGAUUACAUAACGUCCCUGAGAUAUUUAACUGCCCCCCACAUGGGUCCUCAGAGUAUGUGGCCCGUGUGGAGACAAAAUCCAAGAUGGAGAAGCUGUCCUGCUGCUGUUCCCUCCCCCUCUAAAGAAGCCAUGAUCUCACUUUUUUGCAUUGUCAAGCUGCACCCAGUUGAGAAGUGCUCAGGGAAAACUGCAGCUCCACUGUGAGCUGGCGAAAACCGAUGUCCUGGUUUAGGUUUUUCUGUCAGUGUUUUUGGUCCAGGGGUUGUGGCAUUGCAGUAAAUGAUCCAGGGCUUAUGAUGUUAGCUGUGUCCUCAUUGUAGUGUUGUAGUGACUCGUGACUUGAAUAUUGGAAGACUCAGACUUGGGCUCCAAGUUGUUUUGGACUUAUGCAGCAUGCACAACUUGUUCCACUAUACUGUUUUAUUAACACAAUCCCCAACCCCCAAACAGAGUAGCGGAGCUCUUUUCUUGACGGAAUUGGAUGGGUAAUAAUGGAGUAUAGGUUAGUCCUUGCUGUAUCUAGUGAUCCCUGCCUUCAUGACAGUGGACAGUCAUUGUGUCCAACAAUUUGAAAGCUUGGUUUGUGUAGUUUCUCGUGAUUAGUAGAAUGGCUUAACAAUGGCUAAUGUCAACUAUUGAUUUGAUUACGAGCAGCAAAGCCAAAAUAUUUUGUUAACAACAAGGCUCUCAUUGUCCACUUCGUUCUGAGGGUUUGGUUUUUAACAGCUCAGUUUUGGUCAAUUUCAAGUCUUUUAAAAGAUUUCAUUUCAAAACAGAUGGGAUGACUGAAGUCCACAGCUUGGAGCUCCUUUUCAACUCAUAAUUUAACUUUAAAAUGACAGACUGACUUUGUUUUGAUUUGUGCUUGAUGGAACUCAGACUCUGACUUGACUACAGGAGCUUAGAUUGUGCCACUGGUUGUAAUGGCCUUUUAGACGUAGCUCAGAGAGCAGAACUGUACAACGGCGGGUGCUCACUCACACAUAUCAGAUUGUCAUGUCUUUAUCAGAUGCAAUUCUACUCAUCCCUUUAUUGUGAAUUGUAGCCAAAGACUAGUGCUAGCUACAAAGACAAUUUGGUUCUUUUUGAAUUAGAACUAGUCAGAUGUGAAGCAGUUCGAGACACAAGUGGACUAAAACUAAGGGCUGAACUCCAGCUGCAAAUUAAUCUGGAGAGAAAUGUAUUGACCUUUGAUCCCUUCCUAAUCUGUUGGCAUUUAUCCUGUUUUAUUAUCUGCACAGAAUGUUGCUGAAAAGUAUGUGCAAAUUAUUCAUAGUUUGUGUUUUUUUUCUGUAUGGCAUUUCAGAAGAGUGUGAGACCACAGCUGGAUGAAAGUCAACGGUAAAAAUGUCAGUAAAUCAACACAUACCCAAGCUUUCUGGAAUUCACUUUUGGCUCUAUGUGUCGUUUGUGUUUAUUAAGCUCCACCUAUUUGGACUGAAGUUGACUAAAACAAACCAUGAUGAGACAUUUGUGAGUGCUAUUCAGUCCAAAUCAGUCAUGUUCUUCGAGAGCUGCAUCUCUUGCAAGCUCUGCAAGGACAGUUCCAGUUUGGAUUUUCUGCUCUAUCCCGCUGUUUCUUAACCAACAAUGUUUCAGUCCCCCUCAAUACUUUGCGUCCUUCCUAACCUAUCUUUAGCGCUUAGCCCCAAGCCCAUUUGCUCCUACUGUGGAGACAUAAAUCUUAAACCAUAAGUUUCAAAUAUAUAGUUGGAAUUCUUUGAAAGGCUAAAACAGCUGGGCACUGUAGUUCUUAGUAAACGUAAAGUAAAAACUGCACUCGUUGGGGACUAUUUUCAGCGAUGGAUUAAUACAUUCAUCAUUGGUUUUGCUUGGGAUUUGUUCACAGAAUGAAAAAAGUAGAAAGCCUGACUUACCCUUUAAGUAGAUUUGUUGCUAUUUUUCAGUAAAAAAGUAAAUAUUUUAAGCAAAUUCUGUUACAGCCAGAAAAGAAGAUGCUUAAAAGUUACUUUGAAUAUAGAGUAAUUGCUGGAACCAUCUUUCCCACAGAUUUAAGAUUGACCUGCUCAGGGGUUAGGGAGUGAGUGAGCAUGAGAAGUUUUGGCAAAACUGAUUUGUAAUUUCUUUCUGUGUUAAAUGAAUGUAAAAACAACACUAACACACAGCCACAUUAAGGGAUAGAACAUUCUUUCAAAACCAAAUCAUUCAUAUGUAUGGUCUCCAAACAGACACACACCGGAUCUGCUGCAUUGUUGUUCAAGCACUCAAGGCAUAGUGUAUUGACUGAAAACACUGCAGUUACUUUAUGCACAUUGACCUUACAACUAAUCCAGUCACAAUAUAGUUUUAGUUUAGUCGUUUUGGUAGUUAGAGGUUUACGAAAAGGCCUGUUAGCCUGAAAUAUUUUGUUAUUUUAAAUGUGCAAUCAUAGGGAAAGCUACACCUAUGUGGCUCCUACUGCAUGACAGGUCACCUUGCAGAAAUCUAAAUUAAUUCUGACUUUUUACAGCGGGGACUUGUGUUGCAUUUUUCUCUACUAACCACACUCUAUAGUCAUUCCAUGUAAUUAUCCAUGUGUUACUGAUGGGAAGUUUCAAUCAUGUAAGGGCUUUAUUCCUAUGACCACCUUAACCUAUUUAUUCACUGUAACCAUGUAUACAUACCCAUUGAUUGCUAUGCAUUUUUUAAAUGUACCGUCAAUGCUUUUUUCUUGGAAGAGGGAUCAGGACAGAAAGGAAACAACAUCAGCACCUAUAGUUAGAAAAAAGAAGGUAGAUAUUUUAGUUUUGGGAAUAAAUAUGUGCAAGGCACUGAAUUCUUUGAACCUUAGAAAUUUUCAAUCACUUAACUGUUGAUGAUUAUUAUUGUUGAAUGAGCUACAUUGUAAAAGUGGUGUACCAGGUUAUUCUCUGGCACAAAAGGUGGUGAUGAAUCGUCAGCCAAGACUGUAAGAAUAUGUUGAAUUAAAUGUGAAGUCGUCCACUUAAGUCUGGACGUUUGUGUUUACGAAUGCAUCAUGAGGCAGGCAGAGGGUUCAAGUUAAUGCUGCUCAGUAGUUUUAUGUCUGCUGUAAAAAAAAAAAAAAAGGUUUGAAUUGAUCGUUCCAUGUUAAAGAUGCUACUGUAAAUAUAUUGUGAAUAUGAAUGAUCAUUUUCAAGAUAAUAUUUACAAAUGUUUUGCUGUUCAGGCAUGUAAGAGUGAAUGAGUGUGUGUCGAGGGAAGUUGAUUGUAUUCUCUAUGGAAUGUUUAAUGUAAAAAAAAAGAAAAAGAAAAGCUACAAUCCCCUUUACUCCCUACUGCAAUUUGCUUUUGCAUCCUGUCCAGCACUGUGUGACUGCCACUUGCAGAACUACAUAGUGCAGUUUAAUGCCGUCAGUGUUCCACCUCCACUUCAGUUUAAGUCCAGCUAAAACUGAAAGCAUCAUUUACUGAACUCAGGCUUACGUUUUUGCCAUUACAAAGGAAGAAAUCCAAAGCUGUGACCGACUCAGAAACACACUGUUCAGGACUAGGGGCGGCUACGACCCGCUCUCGUCCACUUUUUCCCCUUUGACCUUUUUUUAACAAAGUGCAUCAUCACAAAAGAUGAAAACACAAGCAUGUCCAAAAAAGUGCUACAAGAAGUCAACUUCACCAUGUUCGCAUAAUCUUAUAUGCCCUUGUAUGAUGUUAGUAUCUCUGUAUUACUGUAUGUAAAGACGUACACAGGUUGAGAUGCCUGCGUUCAAAAAAAGACGAGUUUACUCAGCAGAUUAGAGUUUCAGUUCUACAAACAGUUUCAAGAGGCAGAAAUCAUACCUGGUUCCAAGAUGGUUCCCCAUUCAAUCAGUUACUCUAAUGCUGUUAUUAGUGUGACUUUCCACUGAUUCCCUGCCUACAACAAUGAUAUGGCUUGAAAAUUAUUUACUGGUAUGGCUAAAGAUUUUCUCAUUUUUAUGUGGCAUAAAUUGUGAUAAUACAAAAAGUAUCUUAUGGGUGUUUGUGGCACUUGUUUUAAAGGUGUUUUUGCAACAAAUUGUCUAUGAGUUGGUUGUCUCAAGGCCAGUGUUCAACAAGUUAUCUGCAAUUCUGAGCCGCUGAGCCAAAAGCCUAAAUUGCUUCACAGCUAGCGCUUGUCCGGGGGUAAUGGCCAAACAUGGCAAAAAUGUCGGUAAAAAAUAAAAUCAGAAAUAUAAAUACCAAGGACCUUUGUUUUUUCAUUCACUCAUGACAUUAGCUUACUUAGUUAGCAAAAGCUCUGUAUGGCUAGAUGGAAAUUCAGGCUAAGUAGCUAGAGACCCUUGUAUAGCUAAAUUCUAGGGUAUUUUGUCUUGACUGUUUUAUUUCCAUAAAGGUAAAGGCCUACCCUGUUGCUAACGACUUCUAGGGAAGUCAAGUACAUGUAGCUAGUGGGUAUUUAUUUUAGUUAGUUAGUGGUGUAUUUCAUGCUUCAUUUUAAAGAAGAAUUUGCUGUGUUGGCUAAGAUCUGUAUCUGACAGUGUAUGCAUAAGACUUCUUUUAACUACACAAGGAAGCACGUUCACUUAUAUGUCAGUGUUUCUGUAUGAAUUAUUGCCAAAUGCGUUAGUCACAAUAUUAGCAUUGUCUCUUAUGGACUGAAAGAAUUGCGGGAUUUUAGUUAGCAUCAGUAAAUCUAAUGCAAAACUACUAGGCUAGCAGCUGUGCUGUGCUGUGCUUCCCUCUAGCCAAAUGGUAAAAAUGGUCCUUUUCCUCUGUCCAUAAGAUCUAACUCAACUAAUGAGAGCCGCUCUGCCUCUAAGAAUUGUUUGUAGGGCUUAAACUUUGUACAAGCUGCUCUUUGGGACCUGGUGUCUCCCUGUGGGUGUCCUCGUCCGGAGCCUGCUGUUAGCCGGCUAUGUUGUAUUUACUCUGCAUGUGACCACAGCAAACUCCCAUCCUGUGCACCGUUGUCGCGCCGACAACACCCUCAUGUCUGAGAGCGGACACUGCCUGCCGCACUUAUUGUGCUGUGAUGAUGAUGAUGAUGAUGAUGAUGACUUUCUGUUAAUGGGGCUUGUAUAUCAGAUGCCUUCGACAAUCAUGUGUACAUAUCAGAGUUACCAUGAAGACACAGGCCAGAGCAACUGAUUGUGUUUCGUUUCUCCUGGAAUAAAUCCUGAAUGAU